UGAUGAUCCGUUCUACUCCUCCGACACCUGAAGCUGCUCCUCACCUGUGACCGCUUUGAGCCGGAGGAGGACCUGCAGGAUUUGAAACUACUUUUUUUUUCCUUUUUGAGAGCUUCUUUCAAUCUGCAGACAUCAUGUGUACGGGAGCGUGCGCCAAGUUCAUCGCCGUGCCCCUCUACGUGCUGGCCCUGGUGUCGGUGAUCUGUAACAUUAUGCUCUUCUUCCCCGACUUCAAGACGAAGUACGCCUCGUCUGACAAGGACGGGAACCACAUGCUGACGGAGGAGGUCAAAUACAUGGGAGGCCUGAUCGGAGGAGGCAUCAUGGUCCUCAUUCCUGCCAUCCACAUCCAUCUGACCAGUGCUAAGGGCUGCUGUGCUAACCGCUGCGGGAUGUUCCUGUCCAUCGGUUUCGCAGCAGCCGGUGUCGUCGGCGCCAUCUACAGCCUGAGUGUUGCAGGUCUGGGUAUGGUUAACGGCCCGAUGUGUCUGUAUCUCAAGAACGACCUGAUCCCCACAUGGGGGACACCUUUCGCCAACAGCUCCGAGAGCUACCUGAGCGAUAUGAAAACGUGGGAGACCUGCCAGGAGCCCAAGAACGUGGUGGAGUUUAACGUCGGGCUCUUCUCCAUCCUGCUGGUGGCCGCCUGCCUCGAGCUCAUCCUCUGCCUCAUCCAGAUGGUCAACGGGCUCUUCGGAUGCAUCUGCGGCACCUGCGCCGGCAAAGAGUAAGCUGAACUAAAACUCAUCACAACACCAU